AUGAAGUUUGAAGUAAACCAUUUACUACAGACAUAUGGAGAAGAUAUUGAUGAUCAAGUGAAAGGUAUGACACAGGAAAGAUUUGUGUCAUGUAUGAAGGAGAAACUGGCAUCACAAGAUGAGGAUGAGGAGAUAAGACACACCUUCAUGGCUUUUGAUAUACAGUGUCGUGGUUUUCUCACUUUAGAUGAUGUAAAGAAAGUCUUCAGCAAGGUAGCUCCUCAUGUACCAGAACAAACAGUUCAUUCUGCCUUCAGAGAGAUAGAUCAGGAUGGGGAUGGCAGAGUGAGCUACAAAGACUUUGAGUUUCUGAUGAAGUACAACACUGAUGACCAUAUCUAACUGGAAUCAUCCCAUAAUGUGAUAUGAGCAAUGAGUGGAGACAAACAUGCAUAUCUUACUUUUGUAUUGUUUUGGUGGCAAUUGGCAGAAAAGUACUAAGCUGAAUGUUGGUUUGCUACUAUAGGUUUUAGUGAUGAUACUGUGUAAUAUUAGGAAGUAAGGGUUAUGAAUAAGUGACUCUGUGCUUUUUAUUUGGACAUGAGAAUCCCAUGCAAACUAUAGCAUGUGCUGUAUAAAGUAUGUAAUAUAGAUACAGCGGUUCUACAAGAUGCAUGAGUUAUAUUGUAUUAUUUGAUAGAUAUCAUUUCAAUUCUACAAGUUUAAAGGAAAUGUUAUUGAGAAUUUCUUACAGAAAUGUUUCUUAUGUUUUAUUCAUAUUAGUGAAUAUGACUCCUGAAAACAUACAUAAACAUAUUGAAAAGACUAGACUUAAAGUAAUAUUAACCAUACACUGUAUUUUAUGAAUUGUUUCUGUUGAAUAAACAUCA